CCUUCUGUGUGAGCCUAAUGCAAAACACGCAAAGAAACUGGACGACUGUAGGAGGAGGCCUUUGCAGACCAAAGAGAUGUAGAGUAAAAGAAGUAUCAGGAUGUUGUACACAGUCAAAAAAGGGUAUUGCCAUUUCUCCUCGUUGCUCCUAUCGAAAGCAGGUAACUUAAGCUCUUGAAAACUCAGAUGGGGUUCUCAAGUAGCUUCUCUGCCUGCGGCCCUGCAUACCAUAGAAAACACACUAGUUUAUCUAAAUUGCACACUGAACUUUCUAAGUCAUUUAGCAUACUUCAACCCCUAUUUAUAAUGACAGUUUCCUCAUGGCUAAUAUGGGUUGUUCAGAUGUGCACCUUCACGUUAUCCUCUUACCCUCCUCAGCUCCAAGGCACAGAACAGAGGAACUGAAAACAAAGUUUAAAUGUUGCUUUGACUCUCCCUGCUGCAGUAGUCGCUUUUCACCUCUGGUAUGCUUUACCCAGCUAGUACAAGCCAAGGAACUUCAUGGGUGUGUUUGCUCCAUAGGAUGCGACUUGAUCUGGCACAACACUGCUUCUGCAAACGGCUUUCAAGGGCAGAAGAUGCAGGCCCAGGUCCUGUAGCACAGCUCCGCAUUCCCAACACAGGACACCUCAUUUCCAGUCCUAGCUUAGUUGAGGGCAGCCUCUGUCGUGAGCAGGUGCGGCUACGAGUCUGCAUCCAUGCGCUUCAAUCCAGACGACGUGGAGGUGAAUGUGGCUGGACGAUCCUUUCUGGUCACUGGUGCCAACAGUGGCAUUGGGAAGGCCACAGCCAAAGAGAUAGCGAGGAGAGGGGGCACGGUUCAUCUGGUUUGCCGGAAUAAGGAGCGGGCUGAGGUCGCCAGAGGAGAGAUAGUGACCGAAACGGGCAAUCAGAAUAUUUUCUUGCAUGUUUUGGAUAUAUCUGAUCCCAAGGAAAUCUGGAAGUUUGCUGAAAAGUUCAGAAAUGAACAUAAAUUAAACGUGCUGAUCAACAAUGCAGGCUGCAUGGUGAAUAACAGAGAAUUAACUGAAGAUGGGCUUGAAAAAAACUUUGCAACAAACACUCUGGGUACAUACAUUUUGACAACUGCCCUGCUGCCCCUCCUGGAAAAAGCAGCUGAUGCCAGAGUGAUAACUGUCUCUUCCGGGGGCAUGCUCGUCCAAAAACUGAACGUAUGGGACCUGCAGUCGGCAAGUGGGACGUUUGAUGGGACUAUGGUGUAUGCACAGAACAAGAGACAGCAAGUUGUCUUGACACAACAGUGGGCAAAAGCUCACAGAAACAUCCACUUCUCUGUUAUGCACCCUGGCUGGGCAGACACUCCAGCUGUGAGAUCGUCGAUGCCCGAUUUCUACGAGAAGAUGAAGAACAGCCUGCGCACAGAGGCCCAGGGAGCUGAUACCGUGGUGUGGUUGGCAGUGUCCUCUGAAGCAACAAAGUUACCCAGUGGCUUGUUUUUCCAAGACAGGCAACCAGUCCGGACACACUUGCCCCUGGCAAGCACUCACAGCCCACCAGAGGACGAGGAGAAGCUAAUGGAGGUGCUGGAGGAGUUCUCCCAGAAGUUCAAAUCCACUUCUCCAGGAACUUAGUGCUGCUGCUGCCAGAAUGUAACCGCGAGGCUUCUAAUUACCCGGUAACAGCACUGCGGUGCGCCUGCUGCUAGGGAGGAAGGGGGAUGUUAAAAAUACAUCGUGUUCAGGUGUUCUCACCAUGGGG